UGCGAUCAGUACGGUUGAUCAGCAACAUGUUGAAGAGUUGGCCAGCAAGCCACGGACGAAUUAACGCUUGCAGUAGUGAGGAGUGGACCGAAAAUUCAACGCGAUGAAUAGUGCCGGUUAGACUAAUUGAUUAAAAUGGCAAAAAACAAAUAGAGCAAAAACAAAAAAAAAAAAAAAAACAACGAAGAAACAUAGAAAAUAAUCAAAAAUUUAAACAUAGAAGUGUUACUCCAAAAAGACAUUAGUGAGCGAAAAAAAUGAGCUGGAAGUGUUUACAUGAUUCAAAGAGAAUUUCUUUUUUUCUUUUUGUGAAAUUAGUUAGAAGUUCGAUAGAUAUUUUUUUACAUCAAAUGCACUAAUAUUGAUUCUUUAAAGCCUAUGUAUAUUAGAAAUAUAUUUGCAUUAUCGUGAAUUUCUACUUCGGAGACUCGAUUUUCGUUUUCAACUGAACAUAUGUACGUACAUAAAACUUGGCACAUUAUAAAAAUAAAUAAAAAGUACGCCAAAUACCGAUCAGACGAGUGCUACGACAGCCAAAAACGCUGCCAAAUGAACGAUCAACAUUCGCUUGUCUACAUGCAUAUGUAUGUAUAUGUAUAUAUGCAUGCAUAAGAAGUGUGAAAUGAAACAAAAAAAAAACAUAAGGCAACCACGCGAUCAGCAACAGAGAAAAUAAGUGGAAUAGCAGACAAAUUUAGAGCGCUGAUAUAGAACAGCAUGGUGGUUUUCGAAAUUGUUUGUACUACAAAGAAUUAAUAAUUAAACAACAGUCAUACAAACGGCGAUACAAUGAGAACGCAGCACAACACCGCGUAUGAGUGACUUUUUUCGGCUUCAAUGGUUUCAGUUUCAUACAUAGCAAUGUGUCUGGAUAAGAUUUUAUUAUAUAUUUCGUUUUUUUUUUAUUUUCUGUAUGUCAAAUUAAAAAUGUGAAAGUGCUGUUAUUGUUGACAUUAAAAAACAUAUUUGUUAACAGCUAAAAUUGCAAGUAACAAAAGGGGAAAAGGUGUACUUAUGUAAAAGAACUGAUUGUCCGUCAGAGAAAGCUGUAGAAAUUCUGGUGCAGAUGCGUCAAUUUAAAAACAAUCAGUCUUGGAUAUAACGAAUUAUAACUCAGUGCUGUUUUGUGGUUGUGUGCAAAUGUUCGCUGCUCGUUGUUGAUCGCUGAUCCUGUGUACCACAAUAAAAGAUCGCUUGUGCGUUAAAACGUAUGUUGUUGGAAAAAUAAGAAACGAAGUGCCGGUUGAAAACAAAACAAUAACAAAUGUGAAACAAUCUAUAGCGAGCUGGUGUAAACAUAUGAAAUUAAAGCUCCCGGCUGAAAAAAAAAAUUCCGAGAAAGCCGAAAGAAAAAACUUUUUUUAAAUAUAACAAAAGCAGCAAAUCAACGCCAAAUAAGUGAUUGCAAGUAGAAAAAAGCAAAAUACAAUAGAAAACGGAAAGUAAUCAAAAAUAAAAAAAAAUCAUACGUGAAAAAACUUAAGUAUUUAUACGUGUUUUAGAAAACUAUUGUUUUUUUUUGGUUGCAAAGUUUUCCUACCUUCCUAAAAUAAAUCAAUUAGAGCAGCCAAAGAAAUUUACAAGAAGAACAACAUCAAAGUACAUGAAAAGUGCAAGCAGUGAAUUGAGUAAAACCCAGCCACAUCCAUAUAAACAUAUAAACAAAUAAAUUCUGUAUAGAAAAAUGUGUACGUGCUCGCGCCGCUAAAUAUUUUCAUUCAUAUUAUUUGUGCGUCUGUGCAGGGUUCGGCAGCAAAUUGUGUUCAAUGCAUGCACUCACAUACAUAAGUAGUUACGUCACUGUGUGAAAUCAGCACAUUUAUUUAUUAUUGCCACGGCCAAAAAUUUAAACAAAAAUCACUACAAACUACACAAUAACUGCGUCGGUGAAUAAAUACAUUUGCAUGUGUAUGCUCUACCUGCGUAAAAAAAUAUAAACUUAUAUAUACAAAUUUGUGCAUUUAAAACCACAAGUACAUUUUCCAUUCCCGAUCGCCUCAACUGUCGACUGUGGGUCUUCGCAUAAAAAAAAACGUUCAACUUAUUCACUCAUCUGGGCUUGUGGAUUUCAGUUGUGGUUUUUGGUGUGGUUUGUUGUUGUGGUAUUGUUUUUUUCUAUUUUAUUUCAUUUGGCACUGCAUUGCUCACAUCAAUUUAACGGUAAUGACAACACGCGGUAUUCGACGCAAGAAAUCAACUUUGACAGAAUUAAAAAUUGCUGUCGUUGGAGCGCCGAGCGUUGGGAAGAGUGCUUUGAUUGUGCGUUUCCUCACCAAGCGUUAUAUUGGCGAAUAUGAUCAUCAAACAGAAAAUCGAUAUAAACACGAAGCGAUGGUGGAGGGAGAGCCGGUGCUGUUCGAAUUACUAGACACAUGCCCCAAGGCCGAUGACGAACUUCCCAAUGCCGCCGAAUUAUUGCAAUGGGCUGAUGGCCUUCUACUAGUCUACUCCAUAACCGAUCGUAGCUCAUUCAAUUACAUUCGACGCGCAAAAUCAGACCUGCAAUCGGACACACCCGUUCAGUUGGUCGCUAACAAAGUGGAUAUGGUGCAUUUGCGUCAGGUUAGCCGUGACGAAGGUGAAAUUCUAGCCAAAGACUUUGAAUGUAAAUUCAGUGAAGUGUCGGCGGCGGAUCAUGUCGAUCAGGUGGCGGAAGUUUUCCACGACCUGUGCAAGGAAGUGUUGGCGUCGAAGCGAAAAUCGAAACAGAGCCUCUUGGAACGUAUGCUAGGCGGUGCACGACCCUACAGUCGAGGGAAAAGUGAUAGCAAUUUGCCAAAGGACUGAUACUUGUUGCUAACACUAUUUAGUGGAAACUAGAAAGUAGGCAGAAAGCUGUUCGUAUAUAUAAAACUCUUGUAGCAAUGAAUUUAUAAUGUCGCGGUUUUGAGUAAAGUGACACAAUUAUUUAGUUGAUACUUAUAAUUUUAGGGAAAAUUUAUAAAUAUUCUACGAAGGGUUUUCUCAAAUGUACUAUUUAUAGUUUGGCAUAGUUUUGUGUAUUUUUUAUUUUUUUGUAUUUUCUGUUGUAUGAAUUUCCGAUUUGAAAAGCUAAGCUAAUGUAAUAAAAAGUAAAUGUAUUAUUUGAA